CUCUUUGCUCUUCGACGGAUCUGCAUUGGUCCAUCAUUAAAUUUCUCCUGGAUUAAACCCACUUUCAUUGGCUGAGCUAGCCGACAGUCAAAGUGGUGACGAACGACUGGGGUUGACAUCACCCUUUGAGCAACCCAAGACAUUCCAACUUCGUUUGCUACACAGGGAAGAGUCUGCAUCAGUCCUCCGAAUUGCAUGUAAAAUAUAUUUCACGCUGGGGUUUGGACACAAGGCUACGAUCGUUCAUAUAAACGGAAAGCUAUCUGCCACGUCGACGAAAGCAACGGAAGAUACUUUGGUGGAAGAAUAAAACCGCAUUCUAUGAUGGGUGUGUUUGACAAUAGGAUAAUUGUUGAAUUCUAGCAGCUCGACACUGAGCAGUGACAUUGCUGCUGUAACAGUUCUCACUGCUCGCUGCUUCCCUAUGGUAUUUCAGUAUCUGCCCUGCGGAUCAAUAUAAGAAACAGACCUGUCUGAACAGUGGAAUCGCACACAAGCAAAGGAAAAAUACUGACUUCAGAGCCAUGUCGGGAGCGUCUGUGAAAGUCGCUGUCAGGGUGCGCCCUUUCAACUCAAGGGAGACCAGCAAGGAUUCAAAAUGCAUUAUUCAAAUGCAAGGGAACUCAACUAUCAUUCUAAACCCAAAAAGCCCAAAGGAACCAGCAAAGUCCUUCAGUUUUGACUAUUCCUACUGGUCCCACACCACGCCAGAGGACCCCUGCUUUGCUUCCCAAUGCCUCGUGUACAAUGACAUUGGGAAAGAGAUGCUGCAGCAUGCCUUCGAGGGCUACAACGUCUGCAUCUUCGCGUACGGCCAGACGGGGGCGGGCAAGUCCUACACCAUGAUGGGCAAGCAGGAGGAGGGGCAGGAGGGCAUCAUUCCGCUGCUCUGCGAGGAACUCUUUGAGAAAAUCAGUGACAACUGCAACGAGGAGAUUUCCUACUCGGUGGAGGUCAGCUACAUGGAGAUCUAUUGCGAGAGGGUGCGGGACUUGCUGAACCCCAAAAACAAAGGCCACUUGCGGGUCCGAGAGCACCCCCUCCUGGGGCCCUACGUGGAGGACCUGUCCAAGCUGGCUGUCACCUCCUACACUGACAUCGCUGACCUGAUGGAUGCUGGGAACAAGGCCAGGACCGUCGCCGCCACAAACAUGAAUGAGACCAGCAGCCGAUCCCAUGCGGUUUUCACCAUCGUCUUCACACAGAAGAAGCACGACAGUGAGUCUGACCUCGCCACAGAAAAGGUCAGCAAGAUCAGUCUGGUGGAUCUGGCAGGCAGCGAGCGAGCUGACUCGACAGGGGCGAAAGGGACAAGGUUAAAGGAGGGGGCGAACAUCAACAAAUCUCUGACCACUUUAGGCAAAGUCAUCUCAGCCCUGGCCGAGGUGGAUAACGGUCCCAGCAAGAGCAAGAAGAAGAAGAAGACCGACUUCAUUCCGUACAGGGACUCUGUGCUCACUUGGCUGCUCAGGGAGAAUUUAGGUGGCAACUCUAGAACUGCCAUGGUGGCAGCUCUUAGCCCAGCCGACAUCAACUACGACGAGACCCUUAGCACCCUACGAUACGCGGACCGAGCUAAACAGAUCAAGUGCAAUGCCGUCAUCAAUGAAGACCCCAACAACAAGCUGGUGCGCGAGCUGAAGGAUGAGGUUACGCGUCUGAAGGAACUGCUCCGUGCCCAAGGGUUGGGAGACAUCCUGGAUGUCGAGCCAAUGGGAGAUGAUUACCCAGGAAGUGGAAGCAAAUACCUGAAAGAUAUACACAACAAUAAGCAUAGGUACAUGCUGUCCUCAGAGAACCAACGGCCUGGCCAUUUCUCCACAGCGCCUAUCGGCUCUCUGUCCGCCUCCCCGUCUUCAGGCACGCUCAGUAGCCAGGUGGGCCUCCAGGCUGUCACAAGCAUCCAGGAGCGCAUCAUGUCCACGCCCGGCGGGGAAGAGGCCAUCGAGCGACUCAAGGAAUCUGAGAAGAUUAUAGCUGAGCUGAACGAGACCUGGGAGGAGAAACUGCGGAAGACCGAAUCAAUCCGCAUGGAGAGGGAGGCACUCCUGGCUGAGAUGGGCGUGGCAAUCCGUGAGGAUGGGGGCACCCUUGGAGUUUUUUCACCUAAAAAGACUCCUCAUCUGGUCAACUUGAAUGAAGACCCCUUGAUGUCAGAGUGUCUGCUUUAUUACAUCAAAGAUGGUAUUACAAGGGUCGGGCAGGCGGACGCUGAGAGACGGCAGGACAUCGUUCUGAGCGGAGCUCACAUCAAAGAGGAGCACUGCGUUUUCCGCAGCGAGAGGAACGCGAACGGCGACGUGAUUGUCAUGUUGGUGCCUUGUGAAGGAUCAGAGACGUACGUCAAUGGCAAGCGAGUGGGUGCCUCCGUGCAGCUACGCUCAGGGAACCGCAUCAUUAUGGGUAAGAACCACGUGUUCCGGUUCAACCAUCCGGAGCAGGCGCGUGCGGAGCGGGAGAAGACCCCGUCGGCAGAGACGCCCUCGGAGCCCGUGGACUGGACCUUCGCCCAGAGGGAGCUGCUGGAGAAGCAGGGCAUCGACAUGAAGCAGGAGAUGGAGAAGAGGCUGACUGAAAUGGAGAUCUUGUACAAGAAAGAGAAGGAGGAAGCAGACCAACUUCUGGAACAGCAGAGAUUGGUGUACGAGAGCAAGCUGCAGGAGCUGCAGAAACAGGUGGAAACGCGCUCGCUGGUCGCAGAGACCCCGGAGGAAGAGGAGGAGGAAGAAGAGGAAGUGCCCUGGACGCAGCGGGAGUGCGAGCUGGCUCAGUGGGCUUUCAGGAAGUGGAAGUACCACCAGUUCACCUCUCUGAGGGACCAGCUGUGGGGGAAUGCAGUGUACUUGAAGGAGGCCAACGCCAUCAGCGUGGAGCUGAAGAAGAAGGUGCAGUUCCAGUUUGUGCUCCUGACGGACACCCUGUACUCCCCGCUGCCCCCUGAGCUCUUGCCUCCUGAGCCUGAGAAGGACCGAGACCCCCGGCCCUUUCCCCGCACGGUGGUGGCCGUGGAGGUCCAGGACUUGAAGAACGGGGCCACACACUACUGGUCUCUGGAGAAGCUGAAGCAGAGGCUGGAGAAAAUGCGGGAGAUGUACGACCGUGCCGGGGAGAUGGACUCCCCCAACCAGGAGGACAACGAAGUGAUGCUGUCGGGGAACGAUCCCUUCUACGACCGCUUCCACUGGUUCAAAUUGGUGGGAAGUUCACCAAUGUUCCAAGGCUGUGUGAACGAGCGCCCCACAGACCGCACCCCCUCGCCCACCUUCUCCACCUCCGACUCGGAAAUCACCGAGCUGGCCGACGAGCGGCCGAGCGAGGCGGACGACUUCGACGACGAGGCCUUUGUGGACGACGGCAGCUCUGACGUUGGCACGGAGGAAGAGGAGGAGGAGGAAGAAGAGGAGGGGCCAGACAUCUGUAGCGAUGGCCAGGACCCGUUCUACGACCGCUCGCCCUGGUUCAUUUUGGUGGGCAGGGCUUUUGUGUACCUGAGCAACCUGCUGUACCCCGUUCCCCUGGUGCACCGCGUGGCCAUCGUGACAGAGAAGGGCGAGGUACAGGGCUUCCUGCGUGUGGCCGUCCAGGCCAUUGCAGCUGACGAAGAGGCCCCAGAUUUUGGGUCCGGAGUGCGGCAGUCCGGCACAGCAAAGAUUUCCUUUGAUGACGAAUACUUCAAAACGAAGGACUGCUCUAGUGCCACCUUGCCCUACUCUGGGUUCUCACAGGAGGAACUGCGCAUUGUGGAGGGGCAAGGUCAAAGUUCAGAGGUCAUCACACCCUCCGAGGAGAUGAACAUAACAAAUGACAUGGAUCUCAAGCUUGAGAAGAUGGACACCAAGCUUGGCGUGUCCGAGGGGCUGGCAGAGCAGCUGGAGGUGGGCAAGACCUUCACCUUCCGUGUGACCGUGCUCCAGGCCAGCGGCAUCCUGCCCGACUACGCCGACAUCUUCUGCCAGUUCAAUUUCCUCCACGGUCACGACGAGGCCUUCUCCACUGAGCCCUUGAAGAAUUCAGGAAAGGGAUCCCCGCUGGCGUUCUACCACGUGCAGAACAUUGCUGUUGAUGUGACCGAGUCCUUCAUUGAGUAUAUCAGGACUAAGCCCAUUGUGUUUGAGGUGUUUGGGCACUACCAGCACCCUCCUCUACACCUGUCUGGCCAGGACCUGAACAGCUUUCUUCAGCCUUCCAGGAAGCACCCUCCCCCAACUAUGCCUCUGUCUAAAACAGUGCCAGCUACGAAGCUGAACGCCAUCAGCAAGCGCGACCUGGGCCAGUGUGUCAGCAAGUACGACCUGCUGGUGUGGUUUGAGAUCAGCGAGCUGGAGCCAACCGGAGAGUAUAUUCCAGCUGUGGUGGAUCACACUGCAGGACUGCCCUGCCAUGGAACCUACCUCCUGCACCAGGGAAUCCAGCGCAGGAUCACGGUCACCCUCAUUCAUGAAAAGGGCAGCGAGCUCCACUGGAAGGAUGUGAGGGAGCUGGUGGUUGGUCGGAUUCGUAACAAGCCAGAAGUAGAUGACACAGCGACAGAUGUGGUUCUGUCUCUCAACAUCAUCUCAGCCAAAAACAUGAAGUCAUCCCAUAACGCAAAUAGGACCUUCUACCGGUUUGAGGCUGUGUGGGACAGCUCCCUCCACAAUUCUCUCCUGCUCAACCGUGUGACUCCCUAUGGGGAGAAGAUCUACAUGACCCUGUCUGCCUACCUAGAGCUGGACCACUGCAUACAGCCUGCCAUAAUCACCAAAGACGUCUCCAUGGUGUUCUACUCCAGAGACGCCAAGAUCUCCCCGCCUCGCUCACUGAGGACCCUGUUCAGCAGCGGCUACUCAAAGACGCCAGAGUGCAACAGAGUGACAGGGAUCUACGAGCUGAGCUUGUGCAAGAUGGCCGACACAGGAAGCCCAGGGAUGCAGCGUCGGAGGAGGAAGGUGCUGGAUACCUCUGUGGCGUACGUGCGGGGCGAGGAGAACCUGGCCGGCUGGAGACCUCGAGGUGACAGCUUGAUCCUGGAGCACCAGUGGGAGCUGGACAAGCUGGAGCAGCUGCAUGAGGUGGAGAAGACCCGGCACCUCCUGCUCCUGCGGGAGCGUCUGGGGGAGACGGAGCCGCGCUCCCUGAGCGGCUCCCUGUCCCCCAGCCUGAGCAGCGACUCCCUCAGCACCUCCACCAGCAUCUCCUCCCAGAUCUCCAACGCCACCUUCGAGAGCGCCCUCACGCCCAGCGAGAGCAGCGGCUACGACUCCGCCGACGUCCAGAGCCUGGCCGACCGCGAGAAGGAGCUGGCCACCAAGUGCUUGCAGCUCCUGACUCACACCUUCAACAGUGAGUACAUCCAGGUGUGUAACAGCAUCAGUGACUGCAAGUUGCUGGAUAUCUCCCCAAUGGACCGGGACCCAUCCGUCUCCAGCCUAAGCAGCGCCACGCUCACCCCAUCCUCCACGUGCCCUUCCUUGGAUGAAUCCCGCUCAGUUGAUCUGAAGACAGCAGAGACCAACUCCUGCGCCACCAGCCCCUCCUGCAUGGACUAUGACAACUUCCCUAUGGUGCCCACACUGGACACGUCCUACCUCGCCCGGGCCGGCAAAAAUGAGUUCCUCAACCUAGUACCCGACAUCGAAGAAAUGAGACCCGGGUCUGUGGUGUCAAAGAAGGGAUACCUGAGUUUCAUGGAGCCACGCUCCAACACCUGGGUGAAGCACUUUGUAGUCGUGCGCAGGCCCUACGCUCUUAUCUACAACACCGACAAGGACCCCGUGGAGAGGGGCGUGCUCAACCUGUCCACCGCCCGGGUGGAGUACGGCGAAGACCAGCAGGCCGUGCUCAAGGCCCCCAACACGUUCGCUAUGUGCACAAACCACCAGGGCAUCCUGCUCCAGGCCCUCAAUGACAAAGACAUGAAUGACUGGCUGUAUGCCUUCAACCCACUCCUGGCUGGAACAAUAAGAUCGAAGUUGGCGAGAAGACGCUCGGACCUGUUAAAGAACUGAGACGCAUUCUUUCUGCGCACUAGAAGCCCAUGUUAUUCUGGCAAGCCUUUAAGUGUUCCAAGUGUUGACACUUGUUAACCUUUUGUGAUUGUUUUCCUGUACAUAGACCUGUGGCUUAAAUCUCCUUUCAAACCAACCUAGUGUAAACCCCUGAGGAGCUUUCCUAUUCCCACCAGACCAACCAACCCCUGCCCGAACCCCCUCCCCCCCACCCCACCAAAAAACUAAAAUAGCAUUUGAUUCUGUUUAAUUUCAUUCCCACAAAAAAUCUAUUCUUCGUCAGCCUAAAAUGUUGUACUAGUCGCAUGUUGUAGUGCAGUCUAGUUGUGUGUGCACGGUACUUAUAAGCAACUUUUUUCUCUCAGCUUUCUUCAUUUUCUGAGUGUCUGUAUAGAUUGUCACUUUUUCCGAGUCAUCCAUUAGUCGGGAACAUUCUUUUACCUGUUUGGUAUCUUUUUUGCUGUCCUCAGGGGAAGGUAUUUUGCUGAAAAAGCAAAUGUAAAUAUGACAAUGAAAUUAGAACAUGCAAAAAAAAAAUGAUUUGAGUGUGUGGAUUCCCAUUGCCAGGAUGUUGAAAUUAGACGGUAACAGCGCUGGCCACUGUGAACAUGUUUUCACCAAUAACAACACAAGUUUCAGUAUUGUCCUUUGGCUAGCUACUGCUCUCCCUAAAUUGGAAGCUUUCUUUGAUUAUAAAAUGGUGAAAUAUUGAGUAGGUGCCAUCAGGCCAACAUAUUAACCACUGAAGAUAUAAUGAUUGAGAAAUGCUGAGAAUUUUCUCGGCUAAGUACACACACUGAACAGUGGGAUCAUUUUGAGUUGAAAAGUUUAAAAUUUCACUAUCCUCAAAAAAUGAAUGUAAUUAAUAUGAACGUCCAUCAAAUAAUGAAUGUAAUUAAUAUAAACAUCCAUCAAAGAAUAAUUAUCAGUUUUUAAAUCAAUAGUACAGAAGCCAUGUAAGUGCAAACCAACAAAGGAACAUACUUUGUAGAGAUAGUUGGGCAAACAUAUCAUCUUAAUUUAUUAUAUUAUCUAUUUGAAUCCAUUUUUGUAGUGUUAUGUGUGAGAGAGAGAGCAGGCUACUUUUAAAUAUAGUACAUUCAAGUGUAUUCUGUGUGCUAUAUAAUACACGUGAAUAUACUGUAUUUAUGUGUAUUAUAUGUGUGCUAUAUUUGGUUUAUCUGUACUAUAUAGAACACACAUAAUACACAUGAAUACAGUACAUUCACGUAUAUUAUGAAACACUCAUAUAAUACAUGUGAAUGUACUGUAUUAUAUGUGUGCUAUAUUUGGUUUAUCUGCGCUUUAUGUACCAGCUGAGAUAUAAUAUUUAUCACGCAUAUAUAUUACAUACGUUCUCCAAUUGUAUAUGUAGAUUUUAAAAAUAAUUUAUUGAAGAAAAAGACAGCAAACUUUUAAAAGAAUUAUCAUGUCAGGUCAGAAGAACCAUUAUUGGCUUAAAUUCACAAUAGCUCAUUGAUAAUGAUAGCGAAUAGCUUCUUGCUAUGAUGUGUUUUUUCACAAGCCUGUUACAAUAGGUAGCUGUCGUUAACAUUGUAUAAACCCAUUCAUGAGCAUUGUUGUCUUCCAGUCAUUUUAUAAUUUACUGCAACCAAAUAGAACAAAGUCAUUUUGUUCGGUGAUGUUGGGGUAAGAACAAUAGCAAGUGAUUAGUUGAGGUGUCCAUUGCCUUCACUUAUUGUGUUCUAUUGGCAGUUGCUUGCUGUUUAUUGUGUUUAAUUUUAAAUGAUAAACUAGUAUUUGAGCAGUGUUCUCCAGCAUGCAUGCGAACGCAAAAAGCUGAGUUUUUUAUUUUCCUACUAUUCAUAUGUAAUAUGAAUUUAUAAAUUAAUGCAGAUUGGAUUAGGUGACCAAUACUGCUCUUUUCAUUGUGAGAAUCAUUAUCAUUACAAACUACGUCAUGCAGGCCAUAUGCAGGUGAGCUAGCUACCAAGCUAAUUGUAAGGCAGGUCUUACCAACCAACAAACAAAAUGGAUCAAUACAUUUUAUCUACAAACCUGUUUCCAUAUAUAUGCCCAUGCUGUGUUUUUAAACCUGUCCCCCUUGUGAAGUAGCAUAAUCUAGCAACAAGACCAUGUAUGUUUAUCUCUUAAACUAACAUUUGAAAUAGCCGGGGGGGGCAUUUAAGUUAUUUGAUUAAUUUCAAUGAGCUACUCUAUAGGAAUGAACAAACCAGCACAUUUGAUGGGAUUUUGACCCAUAAUGCUAAUGAAGCCUAUGAGAAGUGAUGAAAUGCUUGAUGCUCUGUGCAUUGCACCUAUAGAUUAACCCUACCACAUUAGCAGUGGCAUGGCUGAGUGUCUUACCAACAAAACAUGCAGCACACAGAGAUGGCAGUAGCUUGCUAACCGACACAUACUUGAAUGUGCUAUUUUCCUUUUCCUGUGUCAUUUAUAUUGUGUAACUAAUUUUUUCUGCAUCAGUAAUGGUAAUUUAACCAAAGGCAUUGUGCAAUUAAUUGGUAUAUUAAGAUACCCUCACCAAGCCUUGGUAGUAGUUCCUAAGCCAGCCCCUUCCACCCUUAAAUAUUUUUUGAAAUGCAAUGUAUAUGCAGACCAGGUAGAUUCUUUCUGGCUUUGGAGUAUGUGAUCUCCUCAGCCUGUUAAUCAUCUUGAUAUUAAUUGAGGGUUUACAUCAUGGAAACUAUUGCAUUAUGAAAGCUAUAGAGCUCAAACUAAAGCAACUUCUUGUUCUGUCAACUUAUCCUUAAUUCCCCUUGGAAGGUAUUUUUAACCACAUAAAAGCAAAUAUGAGCCUGGCACAAAUGUAAAAAAGAGUAAGGGUUAUCUUUUUCUCCAGAUACUAUAAUCAAUGUGAUUUUGCAGAUUAUAUUUGCACAAAGAAAACUGACAUGGCCAUGAAAGCUGCUAAAUCUGAAUACAGCCAGUUUUUAUAGUGUAUUAUUUUUGAUGGAAGCCAAGCAUUAGAAUAAAUGAGAACAUCACAGAACACUAAAGUAUACACAGAAAAUAUUUUAUUUAUUUGUUUGUUUGUUUUUUGUUUCCUUAUUUAUUCCUAAUUUAUGGUCUCUCUGUAUAAUACUGAUGAAGCAGGCCUCUGGUCAACCAACCAGUAGUGACAGGCUCCCCAGUAUUGUGCAUUGAGAGUGUUGUUUCCAAGCGCAGGUUAUAAAUAUAUUAUGUGCACAAAUAAUUAUAGAAUUAUAUAAUUUCAGAUUUUUGAACCAUUGCAAGGUAAACACUUCAGAGUAACACAAUAGAGAAAGUUUGAUUUGGAAAAGAAAGUAGAUGGUAAAGGUUCAUUUUUAAUUGACAUUACAUUACAGGCAUUUAGCACACUCUUAUCCAGAGCGAUGUACAACAAGUGCAUCAGUUCAAGGUGCAGAGGUGCAGAAAAACACACUAGAGUGAAGUAAAGAUCGUAGUGCCAGAAGUGACCACAUAGAUCAGGACUCCAACCCUGUAGGGUAUCCUGUUCAGCAAACAAACAAACAAUCCUGCCAAAUACAAAACUAACAUGAUCUCAUUAGCCUAACUAGGUACAGCUGUGAGGUGAGCUAAACUAGAGGCUAGGGAGGGGUGGGGAGAGGUGCAGCCUGAAGAUAUGAGUCUUUAGUCUGCGCUUGAAGGUAGUCAGAUUCUCUGCUGUUCUGACCGCCACGGGAAGGUCAUUCCACCAGCGAGGGGCCAGGACAGACAGCAGACGGGAACGGGAAGUACAGACACGAAGAGGGGGAGGUGCCAAGCGUCCAGAGGUGGCAGAACGGAGAGGUCUGGCUGGUGUGUAGGGUCUGAUGAUCCUCUGGAUGUAUCCUGGUGCUGACCCCUUAGCUGCCUGGUAUGCAAGCACCAAAGUCUUAAAUUUGAUGCGAGUAAUUCAGGAUCCUGUCUUGUGGCCCCUCACGCUGAGUGUUGAGUCACCUGGUAAAAGAAGCUGCUCUCUUGGUAUCCUCCUGAUUCUUUUAUUUCAUUAUUGGUUGUCGGGGUUACUGUCCGUGAAUAAGACUUGAGGGCCUUUUUUCUGUUGUUUGUUUACAUAAGGGGUCCUCUGAGACACUUUUUAUAGAUGAUGAAUGAAAACAGAUGAAUUAACACUAUGAGGUCAGCCAGCCUCAGCCAAGAGUGGUGUUCUGGAGCUGUUGUCAUAAAUUGUCUGUUUAAACUGUCACACUAGGGACUCUAAAGUUGAAGUUUCUCAGUAGGAUUUACAUUUAUUUUAAGGUUACUGAUGGAGUUUGUUUUCACUUGGAAUGGAAUUACAGAUAGGCCUCGUUUUCAUAGAUAUUUUUUGAGUUUACUUGCAUUUUGUGGCAUUUGACAUUCAAUGUCAUUUUUUCUUAAUUGCAGUGUGUAUAUUAGUUAGAAGUUUAUUGAAAAUGUUAUUUUGAAAUUUCAGCAACGGAUAGAACAGUAUCUCAUGAAGGGGGAAGCACUUCUACAGGAUUCUAGAACAAGCCUAGUCUGUGAUAAAUAAGUGGUCAGUCAAGUCAGAUGGAAGUAUUCCAUUAAAAAUUAUAAUAUAUACGGACAUAUAAGAACAUUACAUGUAAAUAUCAUUUGUUGCUUUGCCAUCAAUGAAAAUAAUAAGGCAAGUCCAAAUUUAAUCUAAAAUGGCAUGUUGAGCUUAUACUCCAUGUUGUUACAAAAUAAAAAAGUGGAAUUCCAAAUAAUGGAUUAUCUCAGCAAUCAAAUGCAGAAUGUCAGCCAUGCGUCUUUAUUACUACAAAAGCUUUUAUGGGAAUAUAUAUAUAUAUAUAUAUACCUCUUUAAGGGAAGCUACAGAACAUCAGCUGUUCGUUGUUAGUAAUAAUGGCAGAUGUGUUCUUGAAAGGCUGCAUUAUGUAUCCCUCCCUCCAGUUAGAAACCCAGUAAAAAUAUUCAACCAUAUGACCCUGCCAGCCCACAGGGGAGUUACUUUGAAACUGGGUAUUGCAAUUAAUCCCUGUCUUUGAGAAGUGAAGAUGACAACAAAACGGACACUUAACUGUACAUUAUUUACUUUUUGCCGUGUUCAUUUUCAUAGUUAUUUUGUACAUAUGUGUUGUAUGGAGCUUGAAAUAAAAUGUAAAUAUGUUUCAUGUGUUUGUACUAAUUAUAAUUUGCUGUAUAGCCUAGAUGUGCAGUUCAGAUACCGUAUAUCUAUAAUUCUGUGUAUUGUAAUCUUGCACCAUUUAACUGUUAAGUGACAAGAGGUAACAAUAAAGGUACAACCAGUGCAUUAGCAGAAUAAACAAA